GGCGCAAAUUGCUUCAGUAUUGGUUUUGUAUGCCCUGAAAUAUUCACCGCGAAAUAAUUUUGUGUGGCUUUAAAUAGCGUGAAAUUUUAAGAAACUUCAACAAGGAUUACUAAUUUCUGACUUAUCUAACCUAAUUUUUAAAGAAAAACUAUAAAAAUGUUCGAAGCACGUCUUAUCUCCAGUGGAAUUCUUAAGAAAGUCCUCGAUGCAAUCAAGGAUCUGCUAAAUGAGGCUACAUUUGACUGCUCAGAUUCUGGUAUUCAGUUACAAGCUAUGGAUAAUUCCCACGUUUCUCUUGUCUCCCUCAAUAUGCGAUCAGAUGGCUUUGAUAAGUAUCGUUGCGAUCGUAAUCUCUCUAUGGGAAUGAAUUUAGCAAACAUGGCAAAAAUAUUAAAAUGUGCCAAUAACACCGACACGGUAACGAUCAAAGCUCAAGACAAUGCCGACACUGUAACAUUCAUGUUUGAGUCACAAAAUCAAGAGAAAGUUUCAGACUAUGAAAUGAAGCUGAUGAAUUUGGAUCAAGAACAUUUAGGGAUUCCCGAGACUGACUACGCGUGCAUCGUGCGAAUGCCAUCACAUGAGUUUGCUCGUAUUUGUCGUGAUUUAACUCAAUUUGGGGAAUCAGUUGUAAUUACAUGUACUAAGGAAGGUGUUCGUUUCUCAGCAUCGGGCGAUUCAGGGUCUGCUAACAUUAAACUCGCACAAACAUCGUCGGUUGACAAAGAAGAAGAAGCUGUCUCGAUUGAAAUGCAAGAACCUGUCACAUUGACCUUUGCAUGCCAAUAUUUGAACUCAUUCACUAAAGCUACACCUUUGUCUCCUCAAGUUUCUUUGAGUAUGUCUGCAGACGUUCCACUCGUUGUCGAAUAUCAAAUUCCUGACCUCGGACACAUUCGCUAUUAUCUCGCUCCAAAGAUCGAAGAAGAUGAAAAUUGAAGAGAAAAUUUCCCCCAAUUAACAUUUUCAUUCACAAUCAAAGUUAAUCACCUAAUCUAAUUUUUUUUUAUUAUCAUUUUUGCUUUGCUAAUGGAAUAACAGUUAUCAUAAGAAAUUAAAAGAUUUGAGAAGAAAUAAAGUUUCCAUCAUAAGAAAAAUUUAAAUGUAAAUUCUUUAAAAGCUUCAACGGGCAGUCCUUGACACAUUACGUCAUUAUCCGAUUAUAAAAGAGAAACUUUGUAAAGAAAAUCUA